AUGUCUGAAGCCCAAGUCGCCCAAGUCGCUCAGGACGGCGCGCCUCCGGUUACGCAAGACAAGGAAGAGACUGGCUUCAAGGUCUUUGCCGGCAAUCUUGCGUAUGCUACCACGGAUGAAGGGCUGAAGGCGUUCUUUGCGCCUGUCCAGAACGAUGUACUUUCCGCCCAAGUGAUCCUGCGUGGUACCCGUUCUGCAGGCUAUGGUUUCGUUGCUUUGGCUACCCAAGAGGCUGCCAACAAGGCAGUCGAAGCUCUUGAUAGGACAGAGCUCGAUGGUCGUCAAGUAAUCAUCGAAAUUGCCAAACCUUCUGAGCAAAAGGACAAGGAAAGGAAAGAGAGAAAGGCCAAGAGGAGACCCGGCAGGCGUGGCAGCAAGGCCGUUCCCGGGGAAGUCACAGAGGCCGAGGCUAAUGGUGAGAUCGCUGUUGCCGUGGAACCUGCCGCCGCCGCAGUGGUCACCGAUGAAGCUGCCAAACCCAAGAAGAAGAAAAACGCGCGCAAGAACAAAGCAAAAGCUGCAGUCGAGGGUGACGUCGACGCUCCAGCCCCGGCUGUGGAGGGAGAGUCGGCUACGGAAGCUGUUCCCAAGAAGAAGGCCCGUAAACCCAGGACCCUUCGCACUCCCCGUCCUGCAGGCGAAGACCCCGUCGGCGAACCAUCCGAAAACAUGUUAUUUGUUGCCAACCUCGGUUUCAACAUCGAUGACGAUGGUCUCAAGGGUCUUUUCACCGAGGCCGGCAUCAAUGCCAUUAGUGCGCGCAUUGUUCGUCGCCAAUGGGGUUGGCCAAGGCGCAGCAAGGGUUACGGCUUUGUGGACGUCGGUGGCGAGGAAGAGCAAAAGAAGGCUAUUGCUGCUUUGGAAGGAAAAGAGGUCGGUGGCAGAAACAUUGCUGUUAAGGUUGCUGUCAACACUGCCCACGACGAUGACCGUGAGGUCGAUGCCCGUGAAGAAGGCCUGAGGAAGAGUCUCUUCACUCGGGCAAAGGAGGAGCAAGAAGCAGGCAUCGCUACCGACAGCAAGGCCAUAUCUAUAAUGAUGAAAAUGGGCUUCAAGCCGGGACAGUCUCUGGGCAAAACAGAUGAUGAGCCAGCGGAGGCCGCGCCUAGCAUCGACAUUGCCAGUUCACCCAAGAAAUCCGGGGGUCAUAAGGUGGAACCGCUUCCACUGAACGAGUGGGAAGGAAGAAAAGGCAUCGGCACUCGCAAGCGUGCACCUUCUCCCACGUCUGCGGAGCGUAUCGCCAAGAUGGCCAAGAUGGUCGAAACAGUUAAACAGUCUAAUUUCCGCGACCGAGCAAUGCAGGAAUACGCGGAACGUCGUGCAGAGGGCAGGCUGUUAUCGGCGCAACGCACAUGCUCUAAUCUGGAUGAGAAGACUGCAAUCGAGUUCAAUGUGCUAUGGUUAAACCCUAACAACCUGGAGUCUUUUCCCAAUGGUCUGAUGGAGGCUCUUGAGCAACACACUACCCUAUCUCUUCCCGUGGCUCGCCAGCACCAUAACACCUCCUUCGAGACACGACUUCGCCAACAAAUGCAAUCAGAUGCUCUUCAACCCCUCGACGACGUCACUGAUCAAGACCAGAAGGCAGUUGCUGCAGAUCCCGAAUUCUCACCGGAAACAUUAGAGGAAAGCGCACAGUUCCUUCGUCUCCAGGCACAAGACCGUUUGGAAUUGGUAUUAUCGUACCUGCGGGACCAAUACUGGUAUUGCUUUUGGUGCGGGACGCAGUACCACAGCCAUGACGAAAUGUCCAACGAUUGUCCGGGACCUGAAGAGGAUGAUCAUUGA